AUGUCAACGGGUUCGGAGAAAGCCAAUCUCGCGCGCAUCCGUGACAACCAAAGGCGAAGUCGAGCCCGGCGAAAAGAAUAUCUACAAGAGCUGGAAGCCAAAUUGCGCCAAUGCGAACUCCAAGGGAUCGAAGCCUCCGCGGAGAUCCAAGUUGCAGCUCGUCGAGUAGCCGAUGAGAACAAGAAGCUGCGAGGGCUUCUAUUCCAGAAUGGCGUCGCAGAGGAUAGCAUCGAAUCGUAUCUGAACUCCUCUCCUGCGACGGAGACGGCAAUGGGUAGCCAGUAUGGUGGGAACACAGGACCUGCUGUACAGCUCCUAGAACAACUACUAUUGAACCGAAAAGUCUGCUGUACAAACUCGAAUAUAGCACAAUGUGAUGGAGUGACUGGAACCGGAAGUCGAGAUAGUUCCACAAGCGUCAGCACCAUGCAGACUACGCCUUGGGACAUCCAUCAAAACCCAUCCACACACCAAUUCAUGACCCCUACCAGCAGCGCCGCGAGCAAAGCAAACAGUGUUAGCCGGGGCAAUGAUUCGAAUCGAGGGGUACCACAUCAUCAAAGAUUGGUUUCCAUGCCUCGGAACCUCAGUCCAGCCUCAAACCCAAAUCAAUCUGGACACGACUCCCAAAUUUUCGACUUCAAUCCUCUAUUGCAGCCACAAAACCCCGUGUCCUACAGCACGUCACACCAAAACAGUGCUCAACAGCAUUUACAGCCUUAUUCCGCGCCCCAUCAUCAAUCUUCAAUAUAUACACCUAAUACGGAUGCGAGUACAAAUGUCAAUAGUUGUGGUUUAGCGACUGAUAUGAUUGCUUCUAUGGCUGGCGGCGAUCCUGCUUCUGUUAGGGCAGAUUUGGGAUGCCUACCGGAUAUGGAAUGUGAGGUAGACAGCCAUUUGGUUUUCAAUGUUAUGGAUAGAUAUAUGGGAGAUAAUGGGUAA